AUGAACGGAACCUCCAAGCGUAACAACUCGUACGAGUUCACGCCAGACUUUUCUAAUUACACCCCGAUGUCCUUUAAUUCCGCAGAAUUCCACAGUUCGACAGACCCUUUACUUCUACAGCAGCAAUCUGCCAGUCCUGUCGCCCCGUUUUACAACCACACAAACGAUAACAUCCAAUACCUUCACGACCGGUCAUUCAUACCUCUUUCUGUGCAGACCAGUGCCACUGAUUAUUCGAUCUUGGAAGAUAUAGAUCGAAUUCCUGUUGACGACCCCAUUCAAACGGCAUCAGAGAGCAUUGGCGGCCAGACAACCCCUGACCUCGCUAACACCCCAGACAACUCCGUAUCUUCUGCUGGAAAUUUCAUCAAGUUGGAUCCGAGUUAUUUGGAGGAUUUCGUCACCAGUGAACCUUCCUUUGAGGAGUCUGCCCAUAUUGAUGAAUAUUUGAACCAAUAUAUCAAAUUGGAACUGGUUGACUCGCCCAACGAUUCAAAUUUUACUGGACUGGGUAUCAAGCGUGCGCCAAAGUUUGUCCAGCAACCAUCGACUCCAAAACGGGCCUCUUCGCUAAUCUUCAAAGAGGAAGAGAUCCCAUCAGCAACCAGGAAGACCGUAAAACCCAGACCAAAGGCCAUCAAGGUUCCUCCAAAACCAGCCCACAAGCUGAAAAAGACACUGUCGACGACACAGAUGGCCACAGCAGCCGCUGCUGCUGCCAUAUCUUCUCGGAACGUUCCCGAAAGAAAGUACAACUCGCCGUCUUUCUCGUCGGCAGCUGCCAUUGCUACGACAACAAAGGCCAGAAACCCAAGAAACGGAUCUGGAUCUCCUGUCAGCACGAGAAAAUCUCUCCCAUCGACGCCCAAAAAGCAAACAAGCUCCGCUGUUCAUUCCAAAGACAAAUCCGCCAAGCAGUUUUCAUUCGUUUUCGAAGCUGCUCCCAAAAUGCCGACCAACAACUCGUCUGCGUGCUCACUCUCUUCAAGCUCGACGAUAUCUUCUAAUUACUCGAUCAAUUCCUCGAUUCCGAGCUCGACGUCGCCGACUGCAAGCGCGCAGCAGACCCCGUUGUCUUCGAAACCAACAUUCAUUAUCUACUCGCAACAACAGAAGUUUGUCAGUGAGCCUCCUCCGACCUUCUCUCAAACACAUUCGCGUCGCAACAGUAUCGCUACACCUACGUCGUCGGUCAUGACCCCAUUAACUAGUCCUCUGUCUGCGUCGGUGUCAAAAUUCGGUGUCAGACCAACCACUUCGUCAUCUUCCAUCUCGUCUGUUUCAUUGACAAGCUCGAAAUACAAGAAAUCGGCCAAACCAUCACAACAGAAACAAUUACAGGACAUGGCGGGGGACCUGAAACACAACUCCGAGUUCCAGAAAUCCAUCACCAAGUUCCCAAAAAAUAACGUUGCACCUUUUGAGCCAAAGAUUUACAAAGACAUGAAACAAGGCCUGAUGGAAUUUCAGCUUAAUGUUCCUCCAAAAUAA